CGAUCUUCCACCAAAGCUUAAAUGUAACAGUGAAGCCCAAAUUAACUUUUGUCUUGUUUUGUUCCCAAAAAUAUUUUGUGUUUUUUGUAAAAUUAAAUUAAUUCUCUAACCAUGGAGCAGACCCGAGUUGUGGUGGUAUUGAGCAACACCGAAUCCUCUCAAGAAUCGGUUAAGCCAGCGGGGAACACCUUCUCGGAAUCAGUUGUAGCAGGACGGGUACAGCAGCAGCAGCAGCAGCCUCCGGCUUCUGAUACCUUUCAAUAUGGCGGGGAGGUGAGCAUUCUAGACGAUCGCACCUUGCGGCUUCUCUACUGCCAGAACGCCUCCAAGCCUCACCUGCUCCUGGCCCAGAAGUUCCGCUUCGAUGUGUUGACCACUCAGGAGUGCGGCGAUGAGAUUCCCGCCCUGCUUCACUGCCUCUUUGUGGAGCGACGCGAUGGCUUUGCUAUGCACCUGCGGGUGGAGCGGGAGUGCCACUUGAUGUUCCUGCUGGACACACUGGUCAUCCAGGUGAACGGGAAGCUGCAACGUGAGGGAAUGCAACUAGAACGAGGCAUUGUUCGAUUCCGCAAGCUGCAGGAGGAGGAUCAGCGUGGUAAUACAGGGAACAGCAUGCAGACGCAGAGCGCCUUCAGCGACACCCAUGGCCUGAUGCUCUGGCUGAUGAAUCAGUACCGCAUGCGGGCAGAUCUUAGCACUGGAGUCGGUCACGAUGCCCUGGAGGUGGAGUACUUGGUGGCGCACAAGGAGACGGGCAUUCAGUUCAGCGUUCGUCUCUUUGUGCUGCUGGUGGCCUUUGAGGAGCUCAGUGUGAGCUCUUUGUGUGGCCUGCGAUGCUACUUCAGCGAUGAUCUGAUCACAUCCUCGCUGGUGGGCACCGAACUCAUAUCCUUCAUGCAAUAUGCCACCAAUCAGAGCCGCAGCAAGCCCCUAUAUAUGAUCAUUUUGUUCCAUGUGACGACCAGUGGUUCCCAGGUGAAUGCCAGGAAUGCACAGCUGCUCGUCCUGGCCCAUCUGGCCAGUCAGCAGCAUUCCCCUCAGCUGGAUACCGUGCAGUCAGCCAGCAGUUCAUUCGCCCAACUGAAUCAGUUUGAGAACUGCCAGAAGGAGAUCAGUGAUCGAUUCAAGCAGGUACAUGGCUCUCUGAUGCAGUACGUCCAGCAGGCGGAGCAACUGAAGCACUAUCGCCAACGGUUCGAUGAGCAACUGGCCCAGUUCGAGGAGCUGCUUAAGCAGAUAGCCAACACUGAGUUUGGUCACAUGUUGCAGGCCUCGCAGGCCAAUCUCCAGAAGCUAAACAAUCUGUUGGAAAAGAAUACCUAAAAGUGAUAAGUUUUAAGUUUUAUAUGAUGUUGUCCAUGUGCUCUUUUGUCUUAUUAAAAUAGGUUGAACCUUAACUCUUAACCCCUUAAA